UUAGCUAAAACACAGAAAUGGCUGAGAGGAUUAGUCCAGUGCUUAUCAACCAUAGGCCUUUUGAACCCAACGGUACCAUCAUCAACUCCCAUCACUCAUCCUUCCUGGACCAAAACCCUAAUGUCGACACCAUUGUGGCUGUUGAUGAUAUAGAAAUCCCCACAGUUGAUUUCUCUGUGCUAUUCUCUGAUGAUCUUGAAAAAAGAUCCAAGGCCAUUGAAAACAUUGGCCAUGUCUGCGAGGACUUUGGCUUCUUCUAUCUGGUAAAUCAUGGCGUGUCAGAGAAGGUAUUUGAGAGUGUUUUCAAAGGAAUAUCUGACUUCUUCAAUCCAACGGAAAUCGAGGACCGAAAGCAGUAUGAGAAAAAGAACCCAACAGAUAGAAUCCGAUGGGGACUUCGAUCUUCUCCUGGGGAGAAUAGAGAAUAUCUUAAGGUGAUUGCACAUCCUGAGUACCACUGUCCUACUAAACCAGCUGGUUUCAGUGAGGCUAUGGAAGAAUAUUUCAAAAGACUGAGAAUUAUAGUAGAUGGUUUGGGAAAGGCAUUUUCAAAAGCCAUGGGAUUUGAAGAAUGCUACAUAGAAAAAGCUUUUAAGCUUGACUCGGGGUUCGAUAUGUCUGCGAUGAACUUAUACCCACCCAAUUUCAGAUCAAAAGGUUCAAUUGGUGUGCCUAACCAUACUGAUCCUGGCUUCUUUGUUUCACUCAUUCAAGACGUGAAUAGUGGACUGCAAAUACUAUCCCAUAAGGGAGACUGGAUCAAUGUUAACAUGCCCCCUAAUGCCAUUUUCAUAAACCUUGGGGAUCAUCUUGAGAUCUUAACAAAUGGGAAGUACAAGAGCCAUGUUCAUCGUGUUGUUGUGGACAACAACAAAGUGAAGAGGAUCUCAGUGGCCACACUCCAUGGACCUUCGUUGGACUCGUUUGUGUCUCCGGCACCAGAGUUUGUUGAUGAGUCUCACCAACCUAUAUAUCGUGGAAUGACUUACAAGCAAUCUUUGGAGGUUAACGGCGGCGACGAGAUAGAUGUUCAAUCGAGUCUUGAACAAAUUCGGAUAGAAUAAUAUGUUGAAACCAUCUGAUAUUAAUUAAGUUGUAUGUAAUAGUCAUGGAAUAGUGGCGUACGUUGCAGUCAAAUUAUUGUGUGGGAAUAAAGUCAACGAACUAUAGUCCUUGGUACAGCCCAACUGAUUAUUGAAGGAUGG